AUGGUAAAAGUCCCGAAUCUCUUCCUCAGCGACGAGGAAAUCGGCAAGAAAAAUGAUGAUCACAGGACGGACCGGAAAGGCCUGGGCGCCACCUGGACGCCCUCAGUACAACGCGUCAUUCUGCAACCACGAAGAGCCCUGAAGCGUAUUGGGCUUUUGGCUAUUGCCGUGUUCUUGGUCUACCAGUUUGUCGUCAACAUUCCGACCGAUGUUCCCAUCAGGGAUCGCCGACGUCCCAACUAUUGGAAUCCAAAUGCCGGCCCUGGGAAUGAUGCAUGGAAUCGGCCGCCGUCGGCCGCCGCUCCGGGGUCAAAGGGCACGCAAAUGAUGACGCCCGCGCAGCCCGCAGAGCCCGCACAGCCCGCAAAGCCGGCCGAGGUCUUCAGCGGCCAUGACAUCCAGUUCCCUGCCCUCAGCGCCUCUCUCCACGCCAUCGCAGGGACGGGGGGUUUCAACAGGCUUAAUAAGAAUGUCUUGUUUGCUGCAUCGAGUCUCAAAAGCGUUGCCAGACUUCUUCCCAUGGCUUGUCAGAUGGGCCAAGAGCUAAGGAGUUAUGUUCACUUUGUAUUGAUGAGCAGAAGUGAUAUGGAUUAUUUGCAGCUGCAAGCGAUAAACGGCAUUGACAAGUCUUGUCGUAUUAUGUUUCACGAUGCUCGACCUGAUAAUUCUGCGAGAUCUACUGAAGCUCGGAUGGCAGAAGCUAUCGAGAAAGCACUUUCUCAAAUCACCCACUACAUGAACCCGCAAGCCAUCAUCGUCGACAACUAUGCCGUCGAGGAAACGUACUUUAUGCAGACUAUGAAGAACCACGUCACAACCCAUGAUACUACCUUGAUCGAGAUGCCGGCAAAUGGAUUAGAAAAGCUGUCUUGGAUGACAAAAUUAGACAGCGCAUCUCUUACCGUCUGGAACGAAGUCACCUUCGACAUUCUCAUACAUGCAACACCCGGAGCUUCCGGCAGUCUCGCCAGGUUGCUCAAAUCACUCCGCUCUGCAGACUUUAGCUCAUCUCACGUCCCUCAUAUAACAAUAGACUUGCCUAAUAAAGUCGACCCCGAGACUGCAGAAUUGUUGCAUAAAUUUGUAUGGCCUCCGGGGCCUGCCCGCGGGUCCAAUUCACCUCGCCAGUUCUCAGUCAGGCAUCGCAUUGCAAGAAAGACUUUGACAGAGGACGAGAGCUCUGUUCGGUUCAUUGAAUCGUUCUGGCCUACGCGGCCUGCACACUCGCACGUCUUGGUCCUCUCACCAGAGGCUGAGCUUUCACCUAACUUUUUCCACUACCUCAAGUAUUCAGUCUUGGAGUACAGAUAUUCAUACGCUGCUAUCCACGAGGAAUCGCUGAGCCGUCUUUUCGGCAUCAGUCUGGUAUCGCCCGACGCAUAUUUGGAAGGAUCAGGUCCAUUCGAACCCCCACCAGUUGCCGACGACACCGCAGUACCGAUAAGCAAGUACUCAUUCCUCUGGCAAGCCCCGAAUAACCACGCCAUGCUUAUAUUCGGCGGCAAAUGGAUCGAGCUUCACGACUUUGUGUCUCAGGUGCUUGAAGUACAGGGAAGCACCAGCAGAGAAGACCUUCCAGAGCUACUAUCUCAAAAAGUCAUGAGCACCCGGUUCCCCGCCUGGCUGGAACACGCUCUCCGUCUUUGCCGGGCACGAAGCUACUUUACACUUUACCCGAGUCCGGCUGCAUCUCCAAAGAUGGCCACAGUCCAUACCGAAUUGCAGCGGCCUCCUGAAGAGUACCGAGACCAGCAACGCUCAAAAAAACACAGGAUUGGCAGCGAUGAGCCCGUGAUUCUGUCUCGGGGUCCUCUGCUUGAUACCAUGCUGGGAGGUGGGGUCUUAGCCGCGCUUUACGAAUUACCGACGAUUUCGUGGGACGGGGCGACGGAGGGUGCUGUGGAGCAUGAGGCGCGCGCCUUGAAGUACAUUACUGAGUUUCGGCAGACUGUGGGCGGUUGUGACAACGAGCAGGUUCUUGAUUUCAGAGUAGAUUUGUUUUGCGCAAAUCCUAAGAGAAGAGAGUAG